UGGAUGACGUUGUGGAUGAUGGUGUGGAUGAUGGUGUGGAUGAUGGUGUGGGUUAUGGAGUGGAUGAUGGUGUGGAUGAUGGUGUGGAUGAUGGUGUGGAUGAUGGUGUGGAUGAUGGUGUGGAUGAUGGUGUGGGUUAUGGAGUGGAUGAUGGUGUGGAUGAUGGUGUGGAUAAUGGUGUGGACUAUGGAGUGGAUGAUGGAGUGGAUGAUGUUGUGGAUUAUGGUGAGGAUGAUGGUGUGGAUGAUGGUGUGGACGAUGGUGUGAAUGAUGGUGUGGAUGACGGUGUGGAUGAUGGUGUGGAUGAUGGAGGGUGUGAUGGUGUAGAUGAUGGAGCGGAUGAUGGAGUGGAUGAUGGAGUGGAUGAUGGAGUGGAUGAUGGAGUGGAUGAUGAUUUGGAUGCUGCAUGCCUUUCUCAAUGCUUGUUUACACCAAGUCGCCGAAUGCCGCCUACCUUCUGUGCCGUGCUGCCCAAACUCUUGAUGCGUUGCGUAUAA